AUGAAGUUUCUUCCACCAGCGUCCGACGUGUCAGAGGCUCUCGCUGUACUAGCUUAUGACGCCCUCCUUUGCCUUCUGAGUACCGAAUAUGACCUUAUACACUGGAAAUUCUGGACGAAGACAAGGCCUAGUCCAGCACACGGGCUUUGCCUCACGAACCUUCCGGAAGAGAUGCUUGUCGAAAUCAUGAAAAAUCUUGAGUGGGACGACAUUCUCACUAUUCGUCAGUGUUGUCGCUCCCUGUAUCGGCUGUCGAGGGAACGCUCGAUCUGGGUUCACAUCUUCCAGAGGUACAGCGAUACAGUUUUUGCCCAGCCUUUUUUCCUCCCGAAGCCGCUGGAAUGUUGUUCAUCGGAAGUUCUGGAGAACCGUGUGGUUAGUUGGUGGUCCCGAUGGAAGAAGAUAACAAAAGGAUCGUACGACGUGCCCCGUCAUUCCUUCGACGAGAAGGCCAUUCCCAACCUCACAGGCCCCUUGUUGCCGCUUCCCAGCGGUCACUACCUGUAUGCCAGUCCAGAUGGGACCAUCUUUCACGGUGACCUAUGUCGACCAGGACUGGGUAUGCGCAUGUUCAUCCCCUCGCCAUUUGCGGGAGCAGCCUUCAACGUUGAGACACGCGUGUCUAUUGAUCUUCACAGUGGACGUGACACAGGUGCCUACACGAGCGGUUUCCCAACCAUAUUUUCUAUAGCGGUCACGCGGCAACCCGGUAUCCAGCUUCCUGGAGUCGUUGAGAUCUGGAAAGUAACAUCGGAACUAGCGGUAUUGACCGGCUACUCGAGCAGGCUGUGCCAAUCCAUAACAGAAGAUUCCCAGAUUCGGAUAGGGUCAUGCUCAAUUCUCGGGGAGCACGUCGCUUACAUGGCGAACACGGGCACAAGCAACUUUGUUGCUGUCGUUGAUUGGACAGUAGCUCGGGCUGGCGAGCCUCAGGCUCUCCCUCGCAAGUACAUCCCACGCAUCACAGCUUGCGAUAAACUCUUUCUCCUCCCUGCACAGAGGAUAUUCAUCCUUUCCAGUGGCCGCGCUUACAUUUGGGACUGGGGACACGCAUGUCCUCUCACUACCUCGGUCAUUGAAGCAGCGAGCCGGCCAUGGGUUUCCCCUCAAUGGGAGUCCCCGCAAUCUAACAUCCUCUCCCCAAACCCCCUUUCGAUGCCGUACAGAGUACGGGAUUGCACUCGUAUCGUCCUGCCUUGCCCAGAUCACGUCCUCGGGGUGAGCAUACCAAACGAUCUAGAUGUCGAUCUCGCAACGUCAGUGACAACCACGCGUCUCUCAGUAACUUCCCUCGAGGGACGCACACGUAAUUUUCUAUGGCUCGGCUACACGAAGGCCAUAUACUACGCCAAUGGGACCUUGUGGAUUUGCAUCACCUACGGAUGGCCAGACGACGAAACUCGCACGUAUUCAUAUAGGUCGACACUUACACCGCUAUCGGCCAGGUUUGGCAAUGAUGCAAUGAUCCACUAUGAUGAGGCUCGUUGCCAAAUCAGUGUAUUCCGUCGACCGCAUGGCUUGGUGUAUGCCGUUUUGGGUAACAACUGCUAUGACUGGUUUUUUGGUGGUGACGGCCCCGGCCAGGCAGCUCUCGGUACUAGCCUUGCCUUCCAAGUUCCGAGAAUAACAGGACCACGGGCGCUAAAGCCCAAGGGCACCUUGGCUUUCGACCACGAUGGUCGUUUAGAGUCCCCACAGCCCAUGGACAAUUCCGACGAUAUGCAGAGUCGCACUCAGUCUAGUGCCUGUCGCCUACUUCGCCUUCCCCAUGAGAUCCUCGUUGAGAUCAUGAAACGCCUCGAGUGGAGGGACGUCUUGGCCAUCCGUCGGUGCUCCCAUUUCUUCCACUCCCUAUCGAAAGAACGUGAAGUCUGGGUUGCCAUGCUCGAGAAUGACCUCGACACGAGGAUUCCUAGGCCAUUCCACCUCCCCAAACCUUUGGAACAUUGCUCUUCGGAAGAUUUGGAGAGGAGAGUGGUAGAUUGGUGGUCUGGAUGGGGAAGAUUUGAGAGUGGUAGUGGACGUACGAGCACGCACGGAGUCAACAGCAACUCGAGCUCGGACGAAGCGCGCGACGAACGAGGCUUCGACACACGAACAUAUACCUUUGACGAACCAAACAUUCCGGGGCUCAGUGGUCCCUUACUACCCCUGCCCAGCAAUCAGUACUUCCUCUAUGCGGGGUCAGAUGGGACCGUUUUCUAUGCCGAUCCACGCCAGCCAGAGUUGGGCAUGCAAGUUCUCCUUCCUUCGCCAUUCGCGGAGAUAGAGAUAGAGGAGAGCGUACUAGUGUGUACCUAUGUGUCUGUCGAUGUUCUGGGUGCAGGAUGCGCAGACGUGGGCGGCUGCGAAAACGGGCUUGGAUGGGGUCCAGAAGCGUUGAAGUUGGACGAAUGGGAGUCGACGACUCAGACGUUGUUCCCCAGAACUUUUCGUUUAGCGGUGGCGCGUCGGCGGGGAGACAUCGACGGUGGGAAUGGGAUGUCUGGCGUUAUCGAAAUCUGGGAUAUAGAUUCUCAGAUUGCAGAUUGUACCGGCGUGUUGACUGGGUACUCUGCUAGGCUAUGUAUAAGGUUUAGGGAAGAUCAGGGAGUUGGAGUCAAUUCUUGCUCGAUUCUGGGGAGGUAUGUCGCGUAUGGGGCGUACUCGCCUGUUGGGUGUUUUGUUGCUAUCGUCGACUGGACGUCGAUACGACCUGACGAUGACGGCAAUGAAGAUGAUCCAGGAGGAAGUGAUACCGGCCGGUCGUUUACGAGGACAUACGUCCCCUCCGUUUUCGUCGACAAUCUCCUCCUUCUUCCCGACAAGAAUCUCCUCGUCCAGUCCAUUCCCGUUUUAUUCAUCUGGGAUUGGGGUGGCACAUGUCCAACCACAACCUCCGCCGACGAAGCCGCAGAGGCGUCGUUCAUUUCUCCUCUAUGGGCGUGCCCAGAGCUACGCUUUAGACCUCUGCACCCCUUCACCACGCCCUUUGUCGUGCGCGGCUGCACGCGUCUUGUUCUACCCUCUAUGGACCGCGUCGUCGGUUUGACCAUUCAUCCAACGGACGAGUCUGACUCCUCGUUUGUGCCAUCGAACUCGGCUGGGGAUGGAGAUGAUCUCGCCGUAGGAUGCAGAGUCAUCUGCGCGGAUCUCGUAGAUCCACUCCACAGUGGAAUCGCCCAAUAUCCUUGCUGGUUCGGGUACUGUAAGGGUGUGUCCCACCACAGCGAUGGCAGCUAUGAGUAUAUGGCUUACAAGUGGCCACUGGAUGGCGAUGAUGGGUUUCUUCAGCCGUCAUCAACCGGGAUUACACCAUUGCAGGUAUUUGGUGAUAUCAAUCCCUGGAUCGUCUAUCAUGAUGAGCUUCGGCGGCAGUCUCUAGGGUUCUUCGAAUCUGAGGAGGGUGUGCUGGGGUGCGUGGUCAUUGAUCGUGCAGGUAGUAGCAGUGCAUAA